GGUGUCCGGACAGAGGGGGACGUGCAGCACUUAAUGAGUCUGGGACCCAGCACCAGCCAUUCAGAAGGUUUGCCGUACAGAUUUACAACUAUGCUAAGACCACUUUCGAAUAAGAUGGGUAGCACAGGUAUCUUAGAGUAUUCCCGAUUCCUCCUUCUGGUCCCUUAUGACAUUUCUGUUAUAGAUGUCAUAUCCAUCAGCUAUAAUCAUCUGUUGCUACUCUUAUUUUUAACACACUACAUUAAUUUGUUCAUAUAUUGACACUGCCUAUCUUCCCCAACUAGAAUGUAAGCACCACGGGUGCAGGAAUUGGGGCUGUAUGCCCACCAUUUUAGACCCAGGGCCUAAAAUAGUGCCUGGCAUGGAGUGGUACUCAGUAAAUAUUUGUUCAAGGAGCCAGUGAAAUCCUUCUUCUUACUUAGGCAACUUGAUAUGCUCUCAAAUACACAAACAACAGAUGUAAAGUGAAGCUGCAAAGGAAUGCUUAUUGGUUGGCUAAUCCCUUGAGUUGGGUGGAGCAUUCAAUGGAAAAGGAAAGAGUUAUAAACCCUCACUUGACCUCCCCACAGCACCCCAAGAGAGAGCCAGGAAGAAAGAAGGGUCUAAUGGAUUGAGCUAUGUUUCCAAAACUAACGAGAGGUCGACUUCUACACCCAGGCUUAUAAACUGAAAUGAAAAAUGUACCUGAGCCAUGAAAACUGAAAUAUUGGGCUUUUUGGAGAAACUGCUUGGCAUGUGAGGCUGGACUAGAGCUACCUCCCUAACCAGCUUGUUACAGAAGUGACUCACACCCUCACCCCACCCAGGAAUAUCCUUUGGCUGUGUAUUAAAAAUGCCAGAGAACCCCAAGCCCAGAGACAUGGCAACCAAACCCAAGCUCUUCUACUUUCGUGGCCGGGGCAGGAUGGAGUCGAUCCACUGGCUGCUGGCUGCAGCUGGAGUGGAGUUUGAAGAAGAAUUUAUUGAAACAACAGAACAAUAUGAGAAGUUGCUGAAGGAUGGACGCUUGCUUUUCGGCCAAGUGCCUAUGACUGAAGUUGAUGGAAUGGUGCUCACGCAGACAAGAGUCAUCCUCAGCUACCUUGCUGCCAAGUACGACUUGUAUGAGAAGGACCUGAAGGAGACAGUCAGAUUUUGAAAGACCAUGGAGAGGAUUUUCUCGUUGGCAACAAAUUCAGUUGGGCAGACAUACAACUGUUAGAAGUGAUUUUAAUGGUGGAAGAACUCGAUGCUUCCGUUCUGACUUCCCUUUGUUAAAGGUAGCAUAUUCACAUCCACACAAAGCCCAGCCACACAAAGUGAAUAGAAACGAAGACUAAAAUGGAAUGUAUCUCCAGGUCAAUCUUAAAAGAAGACUUGUUAAAAAAUCAUUAUUUCUUGCAUCUUGGCAAUUUUCUCCUGCUCUGUACUACAGGAUCAUUAGGAAAUAAACCCUUAUGAUGGGAGAGAGAUAGGUUAUUUUUGUUUCUAACAUAAACAUUCAGUGCUUUCCUUUUGUGUGUGUGUGUGUGUGUGUGUGCGCGCGCUUUAAGUGUUUUUUUCCUGAUGAAGCAAGGCUGACAAGUCUGUCUUUGUCGUUUCCCUCGCCAGUGCCUACCGGACAACUCUGCCCCCCUUUAGUGCCCCUGAUGCUGAGGACACCCCACCAUGUCCCUCCAUUGCUCAGAGCUACUGCCUGAGUGUCCCUGCCUAUCUCCUGCUGUUGCUGGUCCUUAGACAUCCCUCUCUCAAUCCUGCCACUGCCAGACCAGAGCUGGCCUCUCUUCCAGUUCCUUAGAAACAUUUUAUCUAAGAGGUGACCAUAGGUUUUGUGGUUUAAGAAUAGUAUUUUUUUCUUACUACAAAAAAAAUGAAAGUUCAGGUAUUUGUAUGAAACAAAAAAAGAAAAGACCUAACUAGCCAAAUGCUACUACUGGAUUAGACUCUCUGAUCUAUUAUUUUACAUUUUUCCUCAAAAUAAGAUCAUACUAAAUAUUGUUUUGUGGCCCGCUUUUAACAUUUAAAAAAAUUAUCAUGCAUGUUUUGACAGGUCAGCAAAUAUUCUUCUAUAAUAUCAUUUUAUUUUCAUUAGGCGAUAGAGUCACAUCUUUUUGAAUAAUCAGAACUAUAUAAAAAGGGCGUCAACUGAGAAAGUUUAUUCCCACCACUGCCCUCCCACCUUUCUGCCCCUAUAAUCACUUUUAUUGGUUUCCUGUGUAACUUCCCAGUGUUCCUACUUAUGCAGAUACAAGCAAAUAUGAAUAUCUAUUUCUCUCUCAUCCCCAUUCCUGGCUUUCUUACACAAAACAGCAAAUAUAUUCUGUUCUGCCCUGGGCUUUUUUUUUUUUCCCCCUUUCUUUAAACUAAACUGUGCAUUCUAGAGCUCUUUCCCUGUCAAUACAGGGACCUUCCUCUUUCUUUUUAUAUAUGAGUCAUUUUAAAUUACUGGCUUAUAUACCUCGUAAGGACAUACCAUAGUUUAUAUGACCAGUUUUCUUUUCUUGGAAACAUAGGUUAUUUCCAAAUUUUCACCCUGCUAACAUUCUUUUUUUUUUUUUAAGGUUUUAUUUAUUUAUUUGACAGACGGAGAGAGAGCCUACAAGUAGAGGGAUCAGCAGAGGGAGAAGGAGAAGCAGGCUCUCCGCUGAGCAGGGAGCCCAACGUGGGGCUUGAUCCCAGGACCCUGGGAUCAUAACCUGAGCCGAAGGCAGACACUUAACUGACUGAGUCACCCAGGCACCCCCACCCUGCUAACAUUCUUAACAUGAUUUCUUUGCUCAUGCCCUACACGAUUUCUUUGCUCACCCUUAUAAUAAAUUCCUAGAACAGGAAUUAAUAGGUCAAAGAAUAUGAAUUUUUUAGAGUUUUUAAUAUGUGCCAUCUACUUGGGACAAUGAGUUUUUAAGAAGAUAAUUUCAUUCACACUAAACACACUAGCCAUUGUAUUAGCUUUCUGGAAACCCCCAGCAAACAGGUGUUGAGGGGUUAACUCAGAUUCAACCCACUGGGCUCCCUAAGCUGACAGUCUAAGCACCCCCCUCCCGUGGCAAAGUUCUGUUAAAGGUCACGACUGCUAUCGAGGCUCUGAC